GUAAACUUACCUUUUACUGGUCUCUGACUUCGGUCACGUAGCCUGCCUGCAGCUGCCGGUUUACCGUUUGGGGUUCCGCGUUCCUUGGCCUUUCGCUGACUGCCUGCCCAGUCGCCGGUAAUUUGGAAUAUUAAUUUUGACCAAUUUCCUCAUUGGAGAAUGGCUUUGAACAAACUUAGCAUUGAUGGAAUCGAUUUCAGUGGAAAACGAGCUAUCAUGAGAGUGGACUUCAACGUUCCUCUCAAAGAUGGUAAAAUCACCAACAAUCAGAGGAUCGUUGCAGCCUUGCCAAGCAUCAAGUAUGUCUUGGAUAAAAAUGCUAAAUCGCUGGUUCUGAUGAGUCAUCUUGGUCGGCCAGAUGGUAAGAGACAGGAAGCAUUCACCCUCAAACCGGUGGCUGAAGAACUGAAGAGACUUCUGGGAAAGGAUGUUCAGUUCCUGUCUGACUGUGUUGGUCCUGAAGUGGAAGCUGCCUGUGCUGAUCCUGCCGUGGGAUCCGUUAUCCUGCUGGAAAACUUGAGGUUCCAUCCCGAAGAAGAGGGAAGUGGGAAAGAUGCAGAGGGGAAAAAGGUGAAGGCCAAAGAGGAGGAUGUCGCCGCAUUCCGUGCAUCUCUGUCCAAACUCGGUGAUGUUUACAUCAAUGAUUCAUUUGGGACUGCCCACCGGGCACACAGUUCCAUGGUUGGUGUUGCUCUUCCUCAAAGAGCAGCUGGCUUUCUCAUGAAGAAAGAACUGACUUACUUUGCCAAAGCUUUGGACAUGCCAGAGAGACCCUUCCUGGCCAUCUUAGGAGGAGCCAAGGUGAAGGAUAAAAUCCAGUUGAUUACCAACUUGUUGGACAAAGUCAAUGAGAUGAUUAUUGUUGGUGGGAUGGCCUUCACUUUCCUCAAAGUACUCAAUGGCAUGGAGAUCGGGAGCUCCUUGUUUGAUGAGGAUGGAUCUAAGAUUGUUGGGGAGCUGAUGCAGAAGGCAGAGAGGAAAGGCGUGGCAAUCCACCUGCCAACAGACUUCAUCACGGGCGACAAGUUUGCCGAGCAUGCUCAGGUUGGAUCAGCCACCGUGGAAUCGGGAAUCCCUGCCGGCUGGUUGGGACUUGACUGCGGAGCCAACAGUGUAGCCAAAUUCACAAGUGUUAUUGAGAAAGCUAAAAUCAUUGUAUGGAAUGGACCUGUGGGCGUUUUUGAGUAUGAGAAUUUUGCUUCUGGGACUAAAGCCGUGAUGGAUGCCGUGGUGCUGGCCACACAAAAGGGAACAACAACCAUCAUCGGUGGUGGUGAUACAGCAACCUGCGCAGCUAAAUGGGGCACUGAGGACAAGGUUAGCCACGUCAGCACUGGGGGAGGGGCGAGCCUGGAACUACUGGAAGGUAAGAUACUUCCAGGAGUGGCUGCGUUAAGUGAUGCAUGACUGCCAGGGAGGAUAUCAAAUCUUUGAUGUUAGUAUGAAAGUCAAAACCUCAGUGUGGAUGUGCGUGUAGUUCCUUCCUGGAGGGUAUACAGUUAGACUAUGAUUAGGUGUGGUGAAGCUUCCCUGGCUAGAUACGGUGCUGUUGUCAAUCUUUGAAUAAUUUUCAGAUCAUAUAUCCUCUAGCAGCGUGUUUCUUCAGGGUUGAAGAAAACAUCUCUUUCAUGCGCAAAGUGAUUUACCAUUUGUUUUUUUUUACAGUCAAAUAAGGGAAUGUCUUUCACCAGUGUCAAAAUUAGACUGUCUACAUCUUGAAGUUGGGAAAUUGAAUGAAAAUAUCUCACAACGGGACUGCCAAAAAGUUAGUCAAUUUGAAAAGGACCCCCAAGAGCUUACUUUAUCACAGUAACUUGGACCCAGCUACACGUAGAUCUUGCCAUAGGCUUAUUCGCAUGGAAUCAACAUUACAAGAAACAGGAUAGGGUAUGUCCUUCCUAGUCUCUGUACCCAUUGACCCUUGACCCUCAGUUUAGGGUUUGUUGUGGAUUACCAGCUAGUCAAAUUGUGUUGGUGUGGAAAUUCCCAACAUGCCCUGUAUUCAGGUAUCAGCUACAGAAAAUUACUCGCAUGUUAUUUUGAAAUGAGCAGUUCCUGCUGCAUGGAAGCAACACAUGGAAAGCAAUGAGAAAGUUUCAUUGGAUUUUAAGUGAAGUUGAUCAAAGCAUCGUUAUGUUUGCAUGUCUUUCCUAUUUUAGAAGAUUUGCAAUGUUUCAAACAAACUAAUAUGAGAAUUUUGUAUAAGGCGUGAUUGGUAAAAAAAACUUUGCUCACCCUUCUUUUCAUAGGGCAUAUUCGAAACCCCAUUCUCGUGUUAGACGAACACGAAAACGGGGUUUUGAAUGGGGAGAAUCAACGCGCCAACAUUGUUCGCAAACAAGAUUCUCACUCCCCCACUUGGGGAGUGGAUGGAGACCAUCAAGAAUAAAGAUGGCGGAUAUAAGCACAUGCCUUAAUUUAAUGUUGGUUUUGUUGCGUAAAAUAGAACACACUCACAAUAAGGAAAAUGAAACCCAGGGCAAAUACUCACGGCUCUUGGAGAGAAUUUACCCUGACCAUUUAAUCUGGAUAUUUAGGGAUUUUUAUUUAAUGUGACAUGGUAAAUUUCAUGCCAUCUUUCCAUUUAGUGUCAAAAUGGCGACUGCUAUCUUGACUUUCAGCGCAGCUGCACUCCUUUUGCACGGCGUUCGUAAUCAACUACCCAAGAACACUGUUUUUGUGUUUUGGCAGACUGAGGUUUCAAAUAUGCCCAUAAAUAUUUUAACAUUCUAUCCAAAAGUGAAGGUGUUAAACAAAGCUUUAAUUAAAAGACAAUGUCAGGUACAAGUACAGGCUUAUACGGCCACCAAAAAACAGUACUUGGCUUUUCACCACAAAUUCAAAGAAAACGAGAAAAUGUCAUAUUUUGAAAUUUAUUUUAUUUAUGUUUACAAAAUGAGGGUUUUGUAUAAUCUCAUGUUCCAACUUUUAAAACCUAAUAAUAGUGAAAUCAAAUACAACUGACUGACUGCUAAUGAAAAAAGUUAAAUGUUUAUUGAUUGGAGUGGAAUCCCCACAAACAAGACGUAGAAUCAUGAAUAAAAUUCUCUUCAAUAUAAA